UUACUAUAAAUAUGAGGGCUUUGUUUAGUUUCCCUUGUCUAUACUAUUCUCUUAAUUAACUCUCUUUUCUCUCAAACCAAUGGCAAUUUCUUCCAAGAUUUUUUUGUCAUUUGUUUUAGCUUUCAUUGUUCUAAUUAUUACUCUAGAAGAAGCAAAUGGUGCUAUUAGUGGAAAAACUAGAAAAUUAAUUGAUAUGGCUAACAAAAAAGGACCUUAUUUGGGAUUAGUCAUUCCUAAUUUAUUUGAGAUGAAUCCUCUUCUUCAACAUCCUAGUUAUAAACCUAGUGAUCUUACCAUUGAUUAUGCUGGGAGGAGAUUUCGAUUUGGACACAUUGAUAAUCAGCCUGUUGUUUUGGUUAUGACUGGACUUGCCAUGCUAAAUGCUGGGAUAACAACACAAUUGUUGUUAGCAUUGUUCGAUGUUAAAGGAGUGGUGCAUUAUGGAAUAGCAGGAAAUGCAAAUCCAUCUCUAAAUAUUGGAGAUGUUGCAAUUCCUCAGUAUUGGGCACAUACUGCUCUUUGGAAUUGGCAGAGAUAUGGAGAUGGCCCUGAGAAUGAACUACCCCUUGAAGUGAAUGGAGAUUACACAAGAGAUAUUGGUUACUUGAAAAUUGCAGAAUACACAGUGAAUGUGACAAAUUGCAACUCACAUAACAAUCUUCUUAACAAUGUAUGGUACCAACCUGAAGAAGUAUUCCCUGUAUUUGGCACUCCGGAGGAUAGACAACAUAUCUUUUGGGUCCCUGUUGACCCUCGUUAUUAUGCAAUUGCCAAGAAACUCGAGGGUUUGAAACUUGUGGGGUGCUUAAACGCAACGACAUGUUUGAGUCAUCCACCCAAAGUAACAAGAGUAGCUAGAGGAACAAGUGCAAGCAUAUACUUAGAUAAUGCAGCCUAUAGAAGUUUUAUGUACAACAAGUUUGAUGUGAGUCCUGUUGAAAUGGAAAGUGCUGCUGUGGCUCUCAUUUGUUACCAACAGAAGGUACCUUACAUUGUUAUCCGUGCCCUCUCCGACAUGGCCGGAGGUGGCACUUCCCAGUCCAACGAGGCAUCGACCUUCAUCACCCUUGCUGCUACAAACUCCGUUGAAGUCACCGUCCAAUUCAUCAACCAAUUGUCUACCAAAAAAUUAUAUCAAGAUGCUUGAUGUCUAUUACUAGUACCUUCAGUUUUUCGAAUUUGUCUCAAAAUAAGCAUAAAUCGGAUCAAGUACAACUUAUUUGUUAUUUUUCAAA